UCCACGCCACCACUAUGGAGAUGGCCUCAAUCGUGCUAUCCAUGCUCUCACAAACGACAUGAUAGAUACUAUCGAAGUCUAUGAUGGGGACACCUGUGAAUGGAGGACACAUACGAAAAGCAGAAAAGGCGUACUAGACAAAUAUAACAUCACGUUUACUCAGUAUUAUCUCAGUAGUUAAAUAAAUAGUUAGUCACAAAAUGUCCUCGUGUUAAUAAUUAACAGUCAGUCAACUUACCGCGGUCACCUUCAUGGCUAUGGCCGCUCAGCCAGAGCAGAGGGCAUUCGACGUUAGAAAAGUGUGUAUUUUCUAAAAGCUGUUGUCACGAGAGCUCACUCAAAUAUUACAGGUAGGCAUAUGGAGACACAUUUCCUUGAUAUCUCCCUGGCCUUAUGUUGGAUCAAUCUCUCUUCCUGAAGAUGUGAGAAAUGGUAAGAACCACCUGUAAUCUAUGGAUGUGCAGGCGUCUCCAUGCAACAACACCUCAGACCCUCUGUGCUAUGAGGAAGGAUCAGGCACAUUAGCUGUGAUCAUUAUCCCCACUCUCCUGGCUCUCAGCACAGUGGUUGUUGUGACCAGCAUACUGUGCAGUCUCUUCCAUAGAAGAAGAGCAGCACCAGAGAGGACCUCCAUCCCUGCCCAUUACACCAAUCGUGCAGGUCAGGAGUGCGUGUCCAGUAGCCCAGUGAGUCUGUGGGAGAUCCCAGGAGAAUGUACUCUGGAGGGGCUGGAGUUCUGGCAGACUGGCCACUAUGGUCCUAUCUGCAGAGGCACAAUAAGAAGAAAGGAUAUACCCAGUGCUGUAGUGGUCAAGACACUCCGAGGAGGCAUAAAUCAGCCUGAGGCAAAGAAGUUUGUUGACUGGAUUCUUUUCCAUGGUACCGUGUGUAAACACCAGAACCUGGUCCGGAUGCUGUACUGUCAGACACAGAGACUACCUAUGUACCUGGUACUGGAGGCCUGUAGUCCUGGCAACCUUCUGCACUACCUCUGGACCCUGAGAAAUAGUGAUUCGGAGCCCUUGGAUCCACUGCAACACUUUUCAGAGAGAUCAGUGUUUUUGGUGGCAAAGCAGGUGGCAGCAGGCCUGGACUAUCUGUUGUCAGAGCACAGGCUUGUACAUGGUAAUGUUGCUGCACAGAACAUCCUGAUUGGUCCAGGGUUCUCUGUGAGGGUAUCUGGAUUGGGCCUGGCCUUCGAGAUCCGCCAGCACCAGACUGACAAACUGGCCUAUCGCAGGUGCCAGAAUGACAAACUGGCCAAUCGGAGAACAGCUGAGGUCCCUCUCAAAUGGCAGGCUCCAGAGAGGAUGAUGAAGCACCCAACCACUGACAGGAGUGAUGUAUGGUCUUUUGGAAUCUUUCUGUAUGAAUUGAUCACAUUGGGCUCUCCCCCCUACCCUGAUCUGGAGCCGGAGCGUGUGUUCCUCCACCUACAGAAAUCAUACAGGAUGAAGAGGCCAGACAACUGUGGGGGACCCUUGUAUGACCUGAUGAAGUACUGCUGGAUGUGGAGCUUCAAGGACCGGCCUGUGUUCUCCGCCAUCAUCAAGCUUCUGGGGUCUUACACAUACCUUGCUGGCACUAAAGAUAUCUACAUCCCAGAGGACAUGGACAUCACUGACUACAUCAAGAGGGCAGGUGUGCUGCCCUAAAUAUAUAGUCCAAGGCAUCACAUUCAUGAAUGAAGAAGCUAGAAGCAAGGGGUGAGUCCAUGACAAAGCAUGGCUGUAGUUGAUUUUAGGUUGAUGUGUACUGUACUGUGGUAUCAAAUGUGUUAUAAACUUUCAGGGAGAUUAUUUUAUGAUGCUGAAAUGAAAUGUUGUAAAUGGGUUGACAUAAUGAGGGUGCAUGAGGGUGUGGAAGUAUUGUAUGGAGGAUGCAACAAAGCCUUAUUGUAAGAUUGCAUAUUUGAAUGUGUCCCUUUUAGCACAUAAAUGGAUGUCAGGAGAAAAAGAUCUGCCACUAUAUUGUUAUUGUCUACUCAAAUUUUUAGGCCAUCACAAGUAAACAUAUUUUAAGAAAUUGUACAAAUGUAAGAAUAGUGUUCUUGAUGUCAUAUUGUCCCCAGUGUCAUGAAACCAGGCAAGUCAUUAUAUCACCACUUUAAUUGUCAAAACAUUUACAGAAUUUAAAAUAGAGAUCUUCAUAAGAUGUUUUACUAGUUUAUAAUUUGGUGAGGAUCACUCCUGUGCCUUUAACAUUAGUAAUGAGACAUGUAAUAUUGUAGCCAUACAGUUAAUGCCCACAAUGAGACUGUCUUGAAGUCACUGAUCACGAUAUGUAAAAGUGUCCUGCACACACUCAACACUGUUGAUUUUCAUAACAUUGCUUAUCAUUGACCGCGAUGCCAACAAACAAGCCGUUUGGAUGGCGUGGAGGUGACAUUUAUAGUUUUACUGUCCUGUUGCUAUUGUCUCUUAAGCCAAUUCAAAACAAACCCAUCAUCACAUUGUCUCCAUCGCACACUCAUAUCUAAAAUUCUAAAGAGAGGUACAAACCACCAUUUUCAGAAUAACACACCCUGGCAUGCGGAAAUGGAUCAAGAACAGGAAUAUUCCGGACAACAUUUUGUCCUCAUGACUCACGCUUAAAAGUAACCCCAAAGCUUUUUCACACUACUGAGCUGAGGUGAGCCGAACCAAGCCAAGAUGAUCUGUGCAGGACUGGUUACACACCCACUAUAGUUGUUGAAAUCGUAGUGGAAAUGACAGCGGGAAAGGAAUACAUCUAAGCCAGCACAGAAUGGUUCGGGCUGGCACUAUAGUGUGAAAGGGUACAGGUUAUCAACUGAACCAAAAAAAAAUGUUUAACUAUUCACUGUACCUUAGGUUAAUAAAAGCAUUGGGAUGGUAAAGCAUUUUUUAAAUGAUGUAAAGCCUUCUAAAACAGAAGCAGAGGUGCGCAAACACCAAAUAUAAAGCUAUGUUCACAAGUCUGACCACAAUGUCAUGUGUAAGUCAAAUUAAAAGGACUGUCAGAGUGGGGAGAGGGAAACUAGCUGUUAUUGGCAGAGAGAAUUGGAACUCUUUCUUAUUGGUCAAUUAACUAAUUUACUGUCUGGUGAUGUCACCAGGCAGGCCAAAACUCCAUCCCACCAAAACAGGCUCUUUUCAAACAGCUCUCACACUAAAAGGCGAUUAUAAUUUUCACAAUUUCACUGUAUUAUUCCAACCUUGUAGUGUGGACAUAUAUCACACAGAAAAUUCAUGUUUUUUACUGCACUGGGCCUUUAAAGCAGUGAUUCCCAAACUGUGAGGCUCACCCAAGGGGGAACGCAGUCCGGCUUUCAACUUACAAAUUUCAAGAGUAUUAGUAGAAUGCACGAGGUGAAAUGUCGAAAUGCAUCAUCAGUUUUCAUGUGUCAUUGAAUACCUUGCUUAGUGAGCUAUUUAUAACUUGUCGGGAAUGUCCAGAUCAACUAGCCCAUGUCAGCUAACGUUAGGUUUCUUUGCCCAUAGAUUUUGUAAUGUUUGAAUCUUUCAAAUAUCACAUGAAUACAUAGACAUGUCAUUCUCUCUGCUAACAAGAGGGGUGUGAACAGUUUAUGUAAUGAAUAGUGCUUGUGCCCAUAGAAAUAUACAGGGCGCAGGGUGUUCCCCCCCGCCUGAGUGAAAAGGUUUGGUAACCCCUGCUUUAAAGGAGCCCCCCCCCAGAGGAAGUUUCCGCCAGUAUUUCAACGUAAUUUCCCAUCCUAAAGAGGAAAUGCACAUUUAGGGUCGACCACCAAAGAAUGACGAAGGAUACAUAUACAUACAUAUUCGCAAAUUGAGGGUGGGACUGUCGAUGUGGAGUUGAUAAACAUCAACGAAUAAGGACACUGACAGCUGUGUCUUUCUAACCUCGUGUUUUUUACUACACCUUAUUCAAAAGAUUAGCCAGCUGGCUCUAUAGCUCGUUCUGGAGCUGGAUUUGUCAUAGGCAUUGGUUUAGGGACAACUUUGCCACAUAUGGAAACCACUGGCUUAUCUUUGACUUCGCCAUAUGUUAUCUCAAGUUUUGGGAUCGGCCAUAAAUUGCGUCUGCGAAUCCGCCAUUGAAAUAGUUCGAAUGAAUAAGGUGAAGCUCCGUUAAAUAUGGAUAACUAUUGAAAGAUAGGUGAUAUGCGUUUGUCUACAUUGUAAUGGACACGGUGCAAACUUUGUUAGGUAGUCUGCUGGCAGGUUUCAGCUGCGGCACUGCAAAACCAAGUCUGUCCGUGCUCAUGGUUCUCACAGUGGAAGGGAAAUGACACGACACACAUAACAUGUAACUUUAGAUGGGUUAACUGACGUCGCGACAACAAUGCACGCUUCAAUGGGGCAGAAGUCCGUGUGUCGUGAUUCUGGAUGGGCAGAUAGCUAGCAUCAAUGAGACUACCAUGUGUGGGGAAUCGUAAAUGGCUCGUUUCAGCUAGUUUUUUGUUCUUGAUACCGUGCCUUGUUUUGAAGUGUUUCGACUGAUUUCAUAUCAUGCUAAUUUGGCUAAAAGUCGCUUGUUAGCUAACCAACAACGAUGUAUGAGAGACACGUGUUCAUUGUGCAAAUGUAUUUGUUUUCAAUAAACAUUGGAGAUGAAAUAUAGUUUUGUUGUCAACAAUCUAAGCUAACCCCGUCUAUUAUACCCCAUAGUUGCGCACGCGGCGGUUUUUGUGGCUAAAUAACCAAUUCGUCUAGAAGUUCCUAAAAUAUUUUUUUUGCGGGUCCAUUUUCAUUAUCUGUAUAGACAUUUGUGGUUUCUUGCCAACAUUACACCAAUCAAAGCAGUGGCGCGUGUAGUGAAGCAAACCCGUUCAUCUUGAGGUGACAGUGGUAGCGGGUUUGCGAAAUGCUAACAUAUCACGCAAUAUACCACAUAUAUAUAUAUAUAUUACAGCGAAAAUCGACAAAAUUAUCCAAUGGCUUAUGAUAAUUUUAUGGUAAAAUAAAAACAAGUAUUUUAAUAUGCUCCAUGGUUCAGGCAGUCAAGUGGAGAGAGGACUGUUCGGCUCAACAUGGUCCAAGAUGAAUACUUUUGCAGCGGUUUCUAAAUCAUUAACAAAGUCAUGCUGGUGGUGGGUGGUAACAUUCAAAUAAAACCCAGCCCUGAAACAAAACGGAGGCUGAAAAUAAUGUGUACGUCUUAGGAAAAGACCGCAUUCACACGGAUUUGGGAAAAGUGGGCAUUUCAGAUGUCACUUCAAGCCCAAAUAUACUUGGACUUAAAUCAUUGUGAAACUUCAUGGGGAAACUCUGGCCAUCGUCUUUCAGCUAGAAAAAAGUGGAUUUCUACUGGUGUGGGCAUUUAAUAAGAGAACUGAGAACCCAGUCAUUUUAUAUGAAUGCCCAUUAUUGUAUUCACCAAAGCUAGCCUAUGAUCAUUUUAAUAUACAGUGCCUUCUGUAAUUAUUGGAACAGUGAAGCAUUUUCUUCUAUUGACUCUAUACUCCAAAAGUUUGAUUUGAAAUCAAACAAUGACUUUGAGGUUAAAGUGCAGACCCUCAGCUUUAACUUGAGGGUAUUUAAUCCAUAGCAGGUUCACCGUUUAGAAAUGACAGGACUUUUUGUACAUUGCUCCCCUAAAAUGAGAGGGACAAAAUUCACUUGUGUAUUAAAGUAGUAAAAAGUACUAUUUGGUCCCAUAUUCAUAGCACACCAUGACUACGUCAAGCUUGUGACUCUACAACUUUGUUGGAUGCAUUUGCUCUUUGUUUUAGUUGUGUUCAGAUUAUUUUCUGCCCAAUAGAAAUGAAUGGUAAAUAAUGUAUUGUGUAAUUUGUUUGACUUUUAUUGAAAAUAAUGUUUCUAAACACUUCUAUAUCAAUGUGGAUGCUACCACGAUUACAGAUAAUCCCAAAUGAACCAUGAAUAAUGAGUGAAAAAGUAUCAGACCCCACAAGACAUGCUAACCUUUCACCAUUACAAUAACAGGGGCGGUUAUCAUUUUUAUUCACGACUCAUUCAGGAUUAUCUGUGCUACAAUGUGUUCUACCAAGUGCUUAGAAACAUCUCUAUUCACAGGAAAAGUGACUCCAAUGACACAAUACAUCAUGAACCAUUCAUUUCUAUUGGGCACAAAACCAUAUGAAACAAACAAAACAAAACAGCAAAUGCAACCAACAUUUUUUAGAGUCAAAAGCUUGAUGUAAUUAUUGCGUGCUACAAAUAUGGGACCAAAAAUGUAAUGUUUUACUACACACACGAAUUUCUUGUUUUUGUUGUUGAAAAAGUGAUGUAAUUUCUAAACAGUUCACCCAGUAUCGAUGAAAUACCUUCACAUUAAAGCUGACAGUCUGCACUUUAACCUCAUAGUCAUUGUUUGAGUUCAAAUCCAAACCAAGUAUAGAGCCAAAAGAAGAAAAAAUGCUUAAUUGUCCCAAUAAUUACAGAGGGCACUGUAUAUCUGGUGGGAACGUAAACACUCUUAAAUUAAAGCACGGUUACAUUUUGCUAGCAAUAAAAGCAAACUAAUCUUGUCUGAAAAUGGCUAGAAUUUUUUAAAGAAGAAAAAAAUACUAUUCCAAUUAAAGAAUGCAGUUGAUGGGAAAAUAAAA